AUGUUGCGCUAUUGUGUGCUGUUAGCACUUUUUCAAAUAGGAGUCGAGUCCGUUUCGCGAAAUUUUAGCUGUCCAAACGUUAGUCCAAGGGAAUUGGAUUUAGUUGAGCUCGAUGGAAAAUGGUAUCUGGCAGCGGUUGCCACAGACGUAGACAUGCAAGGUGACUGUGCGAUGGUUGUCUUUAACCAUAAGAACAAUAAUACCACAGACGUCUCCAUCAGCUGGGUGGUGAACAAUACCGCAAGCUACUACAAUGGUUCGGUCACACUCACCGUCGGCAGCAACGGUGGUGAUCUACUCUUAGUUACAUACACUGAUCAGAAAACAGAAACAUAUUCUGUGUUGGAUGUAAACUACGAACAUUACGCUGUGAUAUUAGCGUGCUAUAAUAAUCCAGAUGGGAACAGCAGCACAUAUGAGUUAUGGAAACUGACACGCAGUCCUCAUCUAAAGAAAACAGAUGCACUCAUGUUGGAUCUAGCUGUUGGCAACUAUAGUCUGGAGAACACCCCAUUUUUAGUUUUCAAUAAUACUGAAGACUCCUGCAAAUUAAACGCUGGUAACGAUUUGAAUCCAGCAACGUUUAUCUUGAGUUCUGCCGCCGCUAUCUCUUUACUAAGAAGGCUAUAUUAAACUAAUUAUAUGUCUCUACUAAGUACUAUUAAGUGAAGUAUGUUACCAAGAUCGUAGUUCUCUAUUUACGUCGGAUGACGAUGUGCAAACUUUAAUUGUUUACAAAUUAAAACAUGCGUCAACGCUAAAUGUCGUGUCCCGAGCUACAAACGAAUUGGGGUUAUAGAAUACUACAAAAAAUAUAAUUUAAUUUAGAGAUUAAUUAUUAAUACCCACACUAUCUGUUGUAUCAAAUGGACUUGGAUAUAAUUAUAUUAUAAUAGUGAGCAAGUGACAUCUAGCGGUAUGCCCUAAUAUUACGUUAUUGUGUAUUCUUUUGCUGACGUGAUGUGUUGUCAUCUGCUGUGUAGUUUUUGUUUUAGAUGGCAGUGUUUACAAAUUAUAUAAUAUAUUAUUGUUUUUCGUU